AUGUCCGGUGGCAAAGGUAAAGCAGGUUCCUCUGAGAAAGCAUCCACUUCCAGAUCCGCUAAGGCUGGUUUGACCUUCCCAGUGGGAAGAGUCCACAGAUUGUUGAGAAAGGGUAACUACGCCCAGAGAGUCGGUUCCGGUGCCCCAGUGUACUUGACCUCUGUGUUGGAGUACUUGGCUGCCGAAAUCUUGGAGUUGGCUGGUAACGCUGCCAGAGACAACAAGAAGUCGAGAAUCAUCCCAAGACACUUGCAGUUGGCCAUCAGAAACGAUGAGGAGUUGAACAAGUUGUUGGGCCAUGUCACCAUUGCCCAGGGUGGUGUGUUGCCAAACAUCCACCAGUCGUUGUUGCCAACCAAGAAGGCUACCUCGAAUGCUUCCCAAGAGUUGUAA